AUGAGUCCCUGCAACUUUACACAUACCACCUUUGUGCUUAUUGGUAUCCCAGGACUAGAAGAAGCUCAUUUCUGGAUAGGCUUCCCCCUGCUUUCUGUGUAUGCCGUGGCAGUGUUUGGAAACUGCCUCGUGGUCUUCAUCGUGAGGACAGAGCACAGCCUGCACGCUCCCAUGUACCUCUUUCUCUGCAUGCUGGCAGCCAUUGACCUGGCCUUGUCCACAUCCACCAUGCCCAAGAUCCUUGCCCUCUUCUGGUUUGAUUCCCGGGAGAUUACCUUUGAUGCCUGCAUGGCCCAGAUGUUUUUUAUUCAUGCUCUCACAGCCACUGAGUCCACCAUCCUGCUAGCCAUGGCCUUUGACCGUUAUGUAGCCAUCUGCCAUCCACUGCACCAUGCUGCCGUGCUCAACAAUAUGGUGACAGCCCAGAUCAGCAUGGUGGCCAUGGCCCGUGGAUUCCUCUUCUUUAUCCCUCUGCCUCUGCUCAUCAAACGGCUAGCCUUCUGCCACUCCAGUGUGCUCUCACAUUCCUACUGUGUGCACCAGGAUGUAAUGAAGUUGGCCUAUGCAGACACACUGCCCAACGUGGUCUAUGGUCUUACUGCCAUUCUGCUGGUCAUGGGUGUGGAUGCUCUGUUUAUCUCUUUGUCCUAUUUUCUGAUUAUACAAACAGUUCUACAACUGCCAUCCAAGUCAGAGCGGGCCAAAGCCUUUGGAACCUGUGUGUCACACGUUGUUGUGGUACUGGCCUUCUGUGUGCCACUCAUUGGCCUCUCAGUGGUGCACCGUUUUGGAAACAGCCUUGAUCCCAUUGUUCAUGUUCUCAUGGGUGAUGUCUGUCUACUUCUGCCUCCUGUGAUCAACCCCAUCAUUUGUGGUGUCAAGACCAAACAGAUCAGGACUCGGAUGCUAGCUAUGUUUAAGAUCAGCUGUGACAAGAACUUUCAGGCUGUGGGAGGCAAGUGA